AUGACGAGGGGGACAAGGUUUCUGUGUUUACCGCUUUGGCCUCUGACGCUCUUCAGCCUGCUGACCGGCGUGAAGAUGCUGGAGUUUGGCGGGGCGCCGGGCCAGUGGGCUCGCUAUGGUCGUUGGGAGGCCGGCUCUGUGGGCGAGCUGAGCUUCAGCCUGAAAACGAAUAUCAGCAAGGCUCUUGUUCUCUACCUGGAUGAUGGAGGCAACUGCGACUUCAUGGAGCUGCUGAUUGCUGGCGGGCGCCUACAGCUGCGCUUUGCCAUCCACUGCGCCGAGCCAGCCACUUUGCACAUGGAGACACCGGUCAACGAUGACCGUUGGCACAUGGUCCUGCUCACCCGGAAUUUCCGCGAGACCCUGCUGAUGGUGGACGGGGAGACCAAAGUGGCUGAGGUCAAGUCCAAGAGGAAGGAGAUGGCAGUGGUCAGUGACCUGUUCGUGGGAGGCAUUCCGCCCGAUGUACGACUAUCGGCGCUGACCUCUAGCACAGUGAAGUACGAGCCACCGUUCCAAGGCUUGAUCUCCAACCUGAAGGUGGGGGAGAUGCCUCCUACUCUUCUCAACAGCCAGGGCAUACAGAGCGACCUGGAGUACCUGUGUACCAAACAGAACCCCUGCUUCAACGGAGGAUUUUGCUCCAUCCAAUUCGGUGAGGUGCACUGUGACUGCACCCACACUCGCUUCAAGGGGAAGUACUGCAAGGAAGCUGAAGAGUAUGCUGUUGAAGGUCUGGCGCACCUGACGUUAAACAACCAAGGCGACUCCGCACAAAAUGGUAAGGAAGAGUCGGUGGCCACCUUCAAGGGCAACGAGUUCUUCUGCUACGACCUGUCGAUGACGCCCAUCCAGAGCAGCACUGACGAGAUCACGCUCUCCUUUCGCACGCUGCAGCGGAACGGCCUCAUGCUGCACACCGGCAAGUCGGCCGACUACGUCAACCUGUCCCUGAAGAGCGGCGCCGUGUGGCUGGUGAUCAACCUGGGCUCGGGGGCUUUUGAGGCCCUGGUGGAGCCCGUCAAUGGCAAGUUCAAUGACAACGCCUGGCACGACGUGCGCGUCACCCGCAACCUGCGCCAGCACGCGGGCAUUGGACACGCUAUGGUGACCAUCUCAGUGGAUGGUAUAUUGACCACCACUGGCUACACCCAGGAAGAUUACACCAUGUUGGGCUCCGAUGAUUUCUUUUACAUUGGUGGGAGUCCCAACACUGCCGACCUGCCCGGAUCCCCAGUCAGCAACAACUUCAUGGGAUGUCUCAAAGACGUGGUGUACAAAAACAACGACUUCAAGCUGGAGUUGUCGCGGCUGGCCAUCGAGCGCGACCCGAAGAUCACCCUGAACGGAGAUCUGGUGUUCCGCUGCGAGGACGUGGCCGCCCUGGACCCGGUCACCUUCGAGACCCCGGAGUCCUACAUCUCCUUGCCCAAGUGGAACACCAAAAAGACAGGCUCCAUCUCCUUCGACUUCCGCACCACCGAGCACAGUGGCCUGCUGCUGUUCAGCCACGGGCGACCUCAAGGUCCCAAAGAGCAGCGGCCCGGCAGGGAGCUGAAGACCGACUACUUUGCCAUGGAGCUGCUGGACGGGUACCUGUACCUGCUGAUCGACAUGGGCUCUGGCAAGACCAAACUGAAGACCAGUAACAAGAAGGUCAAUGACGGGGAGUGGUGCCACGUGGACUUCCAGAGGGAAGGGAGGAAAGGCUCCAUCUCGGUCAACAGCCGCAGCCUGCCCUUCAGCUCGCCGGAGGGCAGUGAGAUCCUGGACCUAGACAGUGACAUGUACCUGGGCGGGCUUCCCGAGACUAAGUCCGACCUCGUCCUGCCGCCAGAGGUGUGGACCGCCCUGCUGAACUACGGCUAUGUGGGCUGCGUUCGGGACCUCUUCAUCGACGGCAAGAGCCGUGAUGUGCGCCGACUGGCCGAGAUCCAGAGCGCGCCAGGUGUCAGCAGCUUCUGCACCCGUGAGCUGCAAAAGAGGUGCAGCAGCGCCCCCUGCGGGAACGGCGGCCUGUGCAAAGAGGGCUGGAACCGCUACAUCUGCGACUGCAUCGGCACCGGCUUCCUGGGUGGAAACUGCGAGAUAGAGGCGACGGUGCUGAGCUACGACGGCAGCAUGUACCUGAAGAUCAUCAUGCCGAUCACCAUGCACACGGAGGCCGAGGACGUGGCGCUGCGCUUCAUGUCUCAGCGGGCCUACGGCCUUCUCAUGGCCACCACCUCCAAGGAGUCUGCAGACACCCUGCGGCUGGAGCUGGACGGGGGCCGCGUCAAACUCACCGUCAACCUGGAUUGUAUCAGGAUAGACUGUAACCUCAGUAAAGGACCCGAGAUGCUGUAUGCGGGGCAGAAACUGAAUGAUAAUGAGUGGCACAUGGUGAAGGUGGUGCGCAGAGGCAAGAACCUGCAGCUGUCUGUGGACAAUGUCACUGUAGAAGGCCAAAUGACCGGAGCCCACACGCGUCUUGAGUUCCACAACAUAGAGACGGGUAUCAUGACCGAGCGCCGCUUCAUCUCCGUGGUGCCCUCCAACUUCAUCGGCCACCUCCAGGGCUUGACUUUCAACGGGGUGGCCUACCUGGACCAGUGUAAAAAUGGAGACAUCUCCUACUGCGAGCUGAACGCCCGCUUCGGCAUGCGCCACAUCAUCGCAGACCCGGUGACGUUUCGAACGAAAGGCAGCUACUUGGCACUAGCCACGCUGCAGGCCUACGCCUCCAUGCACCUCUUCUUUCAGUUUAAGACCACCACGCCCGACGGCCUGAUGCUCUUCAACUCCGGAGAUGGGAGCGAUUUUAUCGUCGUGGAGCUGGUCAAGGGGUACGUCCACUACGUCUUCGACCUUGGCAACGGGCCGUCGCUGAUGAAGGGCAACUCGGAUAAGCCGCUCAAUGACAACCAAUGGCACAACGUGGUGGUGUCCCGGGACGCCAACAAUGUACAUACCCUUAAGAUCGAUUCGCGCACCGUUACACAGCACUCCAAUGGAGCCCGCAACCUGGACCUGAAAGGGGAGCUGUACAUCGGUGGUGUGACUAAGAAUAUGUACAGUAAUCUGCCCAAACUGAUCGCGUCCCGGGACGGGUACCAGGGCUGCCUGGCCUCUGUAGACCUGAACGGGAGACUCCCUGACCUGAUCGCAGAUGCCCUCCACAAGGUGGGCCAGGUGGAACGAGGCUGCGAUGGACCCAGCACCACCUGUACGGAGGACUCCUGCUAUAAUCAGGGGGUGUGUCUCCAACAGUGGGAGGGCUUCACCUGCGACUGCACCAUGACGUCCUACGGAGGCUCUUUUUGCAGCGACCCCGGGACAACCUACAUCUUUGGGCGAGGCGGAGCCCUCAUCACCUACACCUGGCCGCCCAACGACCGGCCAAGCACGCGGGCAGACAGGCUGGCGGUGGGCUUCAGCACGCAGCUGAAGGAGGCCGUUCUGGUCAGGGUGGAGAGUGCCAAGGGACUGGGAGACUACCUGGAACUUCACAUAGAACGGGGAAAGAUCGGCGUGAUCUUCAACGUGGGAACGGACGACAUCGCCAUCGAGGAGAGCGCGGUGAUGGUGAGCGACGGCAAAUACCACGUGGUACGCUUCACACGCAGCGGCGGCAACGCCACGCUGCAGGUGGACAACCAGCCCGUCAUCGAGCGCUUCCCAUCAGGGAACUUUGAUAAUGAGCGCCUGGCUAUUGCCAGACAAAGAAUCCCAUACCGUCUCGGUCGGGUAGUUGACGAGUGGCUACUCGACAAAGGUCGACAGCUGACCAUCUUCAACAGCCAGGCGUUCAUCAAAAUCGGCGGCGGCGGUGAGAAGGGGCGCCACUUCCAAGGCCAGAUCUCAGGCCUGUACUACAAUGGGCUGCAGGUGCUGAAGCUGGCAGCCGAGGGCGACCCCAACGUCCAUGCCCAGGGCAACCUGCGGCUGGUGGGCGACAUGCCCUCGGUGCUGACCACUGACACCACCUCCACCACCCCGCUGGCCGACAUGUCCACCACCAUCAUGGAAACCACCACCACUAUGGCCACCACUACCACUCGCAAGCAGCGCUCCCCCACCAUGAGAGACAGUGUUACGCAGAACACGGAUGACCUCUUGGUGGCAUCAGCCGAGUGUCCAAGUGACGAUGAAGACUUGGAGGAGUGUGAACCCGGAAAUGGAGGUGAAUUAGUGUUGCCCAUAAUAACAGUGGACUCCCUAGACCCCCCAUCCAUCGCCACCCGAUACCCAGUAAUCCCCCCGCCCCCCACCACCUACCGCCCCUUCCUCACCCUGCUCGAAACCACCAAAGAGUCCCUCCCCCUCCCCAAUGGACGGCCCCCUUGCCCCCUGGACCAGGAGGACUGCGAGGAGGCCAUCGAGGCGUCGGCGUACGGCUCGGGGGAGAUGACCGAGUCCGAUGACGAGGACUAUUACAAAAAUUCCCCCCUGGUCACCGACCGGACUGUCCUCCCACCUCCCCCAGCCGCCGAGGGCGGCGUCCAGAACCCCCAUGACCACCGUUUCUCCCGACCCCCCCACUCCCACGGCCCUUCCCUCUCCUCCACCCCCACGGCCAACCCCGACCAGCUCAGCCCCCGCAUCAAACCUGCCGCAGCCGGUGGUGGCAGUAGCGGUGGCGUUGGCGGCGGCAGCAAUAACAUCCCCGCCGGGAAAAUGAACACCCGGGACCAGGUGCUGCUGCCGCCGACCCACCCCUCGUCCGACCCGGGCCACCGUCGGGUCCCGGGCAUAACCUACCCCCCUAACUUCCCCCAUGUGCCCACUCCAGACCCCACGUCUCCGGAGAGGGGCCUGCCAGGCGCUGUGGAGGUGCAGCAGUCCAGCAGUACCACUGGCAUGGUGGUGGGCAUCGUGGCGGCCGCUGCCCUCUGCAUCCUCAUUCUGCUCUACGCCAUGUACAAGUACCGCAACCGCGAUGAGGGCUCCUACCAGGUGGACCAGAGCCGCAACUAUAUCAGCAACUCGGCCACGCAGAGCAACGGAGCCCUAGUCAAGGAGAAGCAGCCCAGUACCGCCAAGACAGUCACCAAGAACAAGAAGAACAAAGACAAGGAGUACUACGUCUGAGGAGACAAGCUGCCGAGACACUAGGAGACAGACAGCAGGUGCACUCAGAUAAGGAAAGAGACGGGAGAGAGAGCGAGAACAAGAGAGAGAUGGUGAGAGAAAUACGUGCGGUACGAUGAGACGUAAGAUGAAAUUUGUUUUUCCGAUGGGCGGUGUCACUCUUUUUUCCGAUAAACUGAAUCACUGUGUCAGUCAUCAGACGGACAUCCUCGUAACCCCUUCAAGUCCAAUCAGAGGAAGGCCGCAAAUGAGGCGGCGAGGUGACUCGAUUUUCACGCUCAACUCUUUCCGUUAUCUUUCUGUUCCCACC